AUGAUAAUUUUCAUUUUAUUCACAACUAUACUUUGUUAUAGACCAAUCCCUCAGAAUUAGUACAUCAUUCUAUCAACUUCCAAAUUUUGGUUCAAUUAUAGACAAGCUAUAAACUCUCUAUUAAUCUAUCAGCAAUUAAAAGAUUGGAGAAUAAGUGAUGAUCAAAUUUCAUUGAUGAUCCCAGAAGAUACAGCCUGCAACAGAAAGAAUAAUGUGCCUGGAGUGGCUUGUGCAUAUGAUGGAUAGAGAGAGCCGAAUAUACAUAAAAAUGUAAAUUGGGACUUCAAGAGAAAUGAUGUCAAUAUUAAAUAUUGGAUAGAUGUUAUGCGUAAUAAAUACAAUAAAUAUACUCCAUAAUCAAGAAGAUUAACCCUAUCUAAGCAACAGAAAUUAUUAAUGUUUAUGAAUGGACAUGGUGGAGAUGGGUACACCAAAAUGCAGGAUACAACUUAUUUACUGGAUUUUGAGAUGGAAAAAAUCACAAAGGAAAUGGAAUUUUUAGAGCUUUAUCAAGAAGCCUUUUUGAUAUCUGAUUCAUGCGGGGCCAUCACUUUAUUUGAGACAGUCAAAGCCAAGAAUAUGAUAUUAUUGGGAUCAAGUUCCUUGGGAGAAAAGGCUUAUUCUCAUGGUCGUUGUCCAAUCUUAUCUAUUCCCAAAACAGAUAAAUUUACUUUAACUACACAUUAUUGGUUGAAAAAUGAAUUAGACAAGAAACCAACUUUAACAUUGUUAGAUUAGAUGAAAAAAUAUGAUUAUGAUUAUCAUAAGGCCAAUUCAAAAUUGAUUAUUAAUAUUGAAAAUAAAGAGUCUAAGGAUAUCAAAGCAGCUGAUUUUUGGAAACCUAAGCAACCAAUAUUGAAUUAGGUUAUUUUAAGAAAUGAUUAAGAUAUUUUGGCUUAAAAAGAGUUUUUGGAAUUGAUGAACGCAUGA